AUGCAGGCCCCAGGCGGUGGUGGUGGCGGCGGCGGCGUUGGUGGAGGGGAAGCGGGGGACAUGCGGGGCCGGCACCGGAUCCAGGCCGAGCUCAAGAAGCUCGAGCAAGAAGCACGCUUCCUCGAGGAGGAACUUGAAGAGCUAGAUAAAACGGAUAAGGUAUCGGCAGCAUUGCAAGAGUUUCUGGUAACAAUUGAACGCAAAGCAGACCCUCUACUUCCAGUAACUACUGGAGCUGCUUACCAGUCUUGGGAUAGGUGGUUUGAAGGUCCGCAAGACCUGCGUAGAUGCAAAUGCUGGUUUUUGUGAUCAUUGCCAAGAAACUCAGAGUUACACCAAAAAGCAAGCAGCUAUCGUAACUUUGAAGUGUAAUUGUUUUCCUUGACGCUAGCAUGAAGGGACCUUUAUCUCAGGUGAAGAAACGACCCUUUCCUCUGAAUGAGUUCCUUGAACAAUCUCUGUUCAAGGAGUGGUAUGAGAAGGGAACUGUGGGAUACAUAAGCAACAUUGAGGACUGACUACAAGUUUGUGCUAGUACAAUAAACUCUUACUAUUAGAUUCCUGUGCAUUGCUAUAUUUCUGUUGUUGGUUAAGUAUGAGAUCUUAGCUCAAGAAUGUGUAGCCAGAGCAUUCAUUUUCGUUUAGCUAUCACAUCAUGUUGUUGAACAAUUAGAAAUAAUUGUGACAGGGAAAAUUUA